UAUAUAUAUUUUAUAUCCAAGGUAUCUGUGUAUUUUGUUGAUUAUGGAGACUUCAGUAUUAUGUCACCAGAAGACUUACAGCCACUUCCAGCCCACUUUAGAUACAUGCCAUUCCAAGCUGUCAAGGCAAAAUUAGCAGGUGUUCAGCCUCUUGGUGGGAGGGACUGGUCAAAAGCAGCCAAGGACAGGUUUAUAGAACUGGCCAAUGAGAAGGAUCUGGUGGGACUGAUAUGUAAUGACAAGGAUUCUGAUAGGGUGGCUAUCAGAUUGAUUGACACUAGCCAGGAAGGGGUGGAUCUAACAAUUGACAGUGUGCUUGUUGAGGAGGGGCUUGUUGAAAGGAAGUGAUGGGAUGGGUGGAGUCAAUUUGUCAAGAAAUUUGCAUCCUGAAUGUUGAUUGGUUUUCGGGAGGAGCUGUAUUAGUUCGGCUGAUGUGAUUGAAUGAGGCUGGUUUCCUGUGUUGAUUGAUAUAUAUUGAAAACAAAAUGACUGAGGUGUCAGAUUGACAUAAAUGAAGUGCUUGCCAAAAAGAACUGCUUGCGAACAUCAGUAUUUUAUGAUAAUGCUCAAAAUUCUGCCCUUGCAAUCUUCUUUUUAAAUGGACAGAAAAUCAUUGAAUUUUUUUAAUUCAUUUCUUCAGGGCAGACAGUGGGAUGUGUUUGGUGGGAUGAGUGAGAUAGUUCUACAUAUAAUUGCAAGCAUCAAGCAGAAAUGAAUAAAAAAAAGUUUUGUCAAAAUUCUUCAGUCAAUCUAUGCAAAAGUCAUGGACUAUUUCAAAAUGCUCAAAGUUGCAUGCCAUUGGUGUAGUGCAUCAUUGUGUUGUUAUGUCUUACUAUGCACAAAGUAUUCUUCUAUUUGCAUCCAUUCCUUACAUCGGAAAUUUUAAAAAUAUAUGCUGUUGAUGUACAGAAAAAGGCACUUCAUUUUCUAUGCUAUUGUAUGUCACAAUGCUUGUAUGAGGCCAGAGACGUAAACUGAUGUUGUAAAUUCUCGAUUUUAACUCUGUUAUUUCAAAAAUGGACAUUUACACUCAUUUAAGUGAAUUGUGUUUGUUGAGAUAGCUCUAGUUGGAGAUUGUGACAGUUGAGAUUGUGCUGGGUGAGACGAAGGUUCUCUGUGAAGAAAACGGAGACGGGGAAAGAAGCCUCUGUAAUCAAUCCUUACAUUUCUGAUGUUAAGAUUUUUAAAAUAAAUUUGGAUUAAAAGAU